CCCACCUCUCCUCCCCCUCUCCUUUCUCCGCAUCUCGCCCCCUAUAAAUUUCAGCCCCCCUCUCCCACUCUGAGCUCCGCCGUUCCUCUCGCCUCUUCUUGGGUCACUGGUGCCUCCUAUGGACGUCUUGGCCGCCAAUUCCGACCACCCUCCGGCCGCCGAGGACGAUAGAGUCUUCCUCGUUCCCUACCGGUGGUGGAGAGAGGCGCAGGAAUUGGAGGCGGAGGAUGGCCCCAGGGGGAUUCCCUACACUGCCACCCCGGUCUCGUCGUCAUAUGGGAUGAAGCUCAUCAACAAUUUCUUUAGCUCGGAUCUGGUUUUUAACCUUCGGAGGGACGAUGAUAUGAAGUGGAACGAUGCUGAGGUGGGGGUUUCAGGGCGGUGCUAUGCUUUGAUUUCCUGGUACAAGUGGUCUUGGGCGCUCCAAUGGCAUAGUGCUUCCAAUUCGACGAUGAAGACCAUCAAGAACUUGUCCUUCACGGAAGAUGGUGUGACUGAUGUUUAUCCUGUAAUGCUGAGGAUCUCUGUUACACGGGAAUCAAAUAUAUUGACCGUAAAGAUUGGCAAAAAGGACAACACAGUUGAGAAUUACAAAAGAGCAAGCAAGAUUUUCAGUGUGGAUUCUGAACCUGUUCGCAUUUGGGACUUUUGUGGGCACAUAAACCUCAUAUUAAUGAAUGAGUGGAAUAGGUUGCCUCAAGAUUGUCAACGUCACACAGAUCAAGAGAUUCUUUUGUCUAUCCAAGUCUAUGCAUUGACAGAACCUAUGGCUUGUAGAAGUGAAGUGAAAAAGGAUGACUUGGCAUUGCAACAAUCUAAGAUGACAAGCUUCUCUUGUUGUGGUUCGCUUGUUACCAAUGGCAGCAUUAGAAACAUGGAGUCUGAAUUUCAUGCAGGCGGUAACUUAAAAGGAAUCAGUUCUUUGGGAUUGACAGGAUUAGAGAAUCUUGGGAAUACUUGCUUCAUGAAUAGUGCAAUUCAGUGCUUGGCUCAUACGCCAAAGCUUGUUGACUAUUUCCUUGGAGAUUAUAGCAGAGAAAUAAAUCAAGAUAACCAAUUAGGAAUGAAUGGUGAGCUUGCUUUGGCAUUUGGAGAUUUACUGAGGAAGUUAUGGGCUCAUGACAAAACCCCAGUUGUUCCACGAUCUUUCAAAGCAAUGCUUGCACGUUUUGCCCCACAGUUCAGUGGAUUUAACCAGCAUGAUUCUCAAGAGCUCCUUGCUUUUCUGUUAGAUGGACUACAUGAAGAUCUGAAUCGUGUCAAAUGUAAGCCAUACUUAGAAGCCAAGGAUGCAUGUGGUCGUCCUGAUGAAAUAGUAGCAGAUGAAUAUUGGAAGAAUCAUUUGGCACGAAAUGAUUCUAUCAUAGUUGACAUCUGCCAAGGUCAGUACAAGUCAACAUUGGUUUGUCCUGUCUGCAAUAAAGUGUCAGUUACAUUUGAUCCAUUCAUGUAUUUAUCAUUGCCUCUGCCAUCGACAACAAUGAGGACAAUGACUGUGUCUGUUUUGUGUACUGAUGGUAGUCUUGUGCCAUCUCCAUACACAAUAAAUGUGCCCAAGUCUGGCAAAUGCAAGGAUUUGAUUCAGGCUUUAAGCAUUGCUUGUUCAUUGGAAGAUGAUGAGAGUCUUUUGGUUGCUGAGGUUUAUGCUGGUCGCAUUAUUCGUUAUCUGGAGGAACCUUCUGAUUCGCUCUCCUUGCUUAGAGAUGGAGAUCAGUUGGCAGCAUACCGGUUACCAAAAGAUCUUGAAAAAGCCCCGAUGGUGGUGUUUAUGCACCAGCGCAUGGAGGAGUAUUACAUCCUUGGUAAAAUGACUUCACGUUGGCAGGCAUUUGGUUUUCCUCUUAUAGCAAAGCUGCCUGAUACUCCAAGUGGCUCCACGAUUUGCAAACUGUUUCUGAAACUGCUGAAUUCAUUUAGACGAUCAAAGGAUAUUGCUUUAGAUGAUGAUCGAGACAAUUGCAGAAGUGCUUCUUUCGAUGAGAUUGCUAAGAUGGAUGCAAGUUCUUGCAAGUCAGGCUGUAAAAGCACAGCUGAUGCUGGUGAAGAGAAUGAAUAUAUGGGGGAUGAAUUUGAACUUUACUUAACAGAUGAAAAGGGUCAAGUCAUGGAAUCAAAGAUAGAAAUGAAUGAACCACUUUUAUGGACUGGGUUGCAAAAGCAAUUGCACAUACUUGUCCGCUGGAAGGAUAAAUCACUAGAUCAAUAUGAUAAGUCACUCCUGAACUCGCUACCUGAGAUCUACAAGUAUGGACUCUUUGCUAAGAGACUUCAAGACUCCUUUACUCUAUAUGCAUGCCUUGAGGCCUUUUUAAAGGAGGAACCAUUAGGCCCAGAAGACAUGUGGUACUGCCCAUGCUGCAGGAAGCAUCAGCAAGCUAGCAAGAAAUUAGAUCUUUGGAGGCUGCCAGAAGUUCUUGUUAUUCAUCUCAAAAGAUUUUCUUAUAACCGGUUCAUGAAAAAUAAGCUAGAAACAUUUGUAGAGUUCCCUAUUCAUGACUUGGACUUGUCAGCAUAUGUUGCUCACAGGACUGAACAUCCAUCUCACCAUUAUCGACUAUAUGCAGUUAGCAAUCAUUAUGGGAAUAUGGAAGGUGGUCACUACACUGCCUAUAUCCAUCAUGAAGGACAUAAUGAAUGGUACGAUUUUGAUGACCGCCAUGUUGUUCCCAUAUCAGAGGACUCUGUAAAGAUGUCAGCUGCUUAUGUUCUGUUCUAUAGGAGAACGUAAAGUAAGCUUAGUUAUACCCAUACUGUAGUUUCUCACAUCCUAGAGCAUUGAAUUGGAGUUUCCAUGUGGUUUCUGGAUUCAAAUUACAUGCAUGCUUUCAGCAGUUGAAGCACCAUUUAGCUUUGUUUCUCACAUGUGGAUUCCUUACUGCAAGUAAACAAGCAUCAGGAUCAGGAUUGAAGUUUAGAUGAUUGGCAUAGCAACUACAAGGUAGUUUUUUGAUGGCAUUUUCUCAGUGUCUACAUGUAUAUAACUUCUUACAAAUAGAGAGCCUUGGGACCAGAUGGCUAUUGUAUCUUCCUAUCACUUUUUUCUCACCCAUAAUUUUUAGGAUGAGGUGGAGAUCUCUGGCUUCCAUGCUCUGUAAUUUCUUUUUUCCUGGUUAUAUCAUCAUUUGAUUCAAUUGACUUCUGGAUAUUUCCUAACAAAUUUGUGUUGCAUGUGAACAAAGUAUCUUCAUCCUAUCUUUUGUCAUAUUGGUUCUAAGCUAAACAUGGAUAAAAACCUCCUGCGCGAGAACAUAGUGUAACAUGAAUUGUCUCUUGCCUGAUAAAUUGUUUCAUAUGCUUCACAUAAUUCGGGAGGCAAGCUAGCAGUAUCUGGAAAAGAUUCUGAAUUUUCUUCAGUGUAUGCAGAUGUCAAAAAUAGAGCCUUUUUUUUUUCACUAUAUAUGCAAAAGUUGACCACUGAACAUAGCUUGAUCUCGGUAAAGCGUGACCUAGGUGGAGCAUGCAUUCAAUUCGAAAAUUAGUAGGCAUUGCUUAUGUUAAACAUUAUGGACACCAUAUUGGAGCACCAAAUAUGCAAGUGGAGUGAUUAUUAUAUACUGAAGCUGGAAGACUAAUGCCUUCCAUGUACGAAGUGAUUUAUCAAUCAGUUGAUGUAAUAGAAUUUGCUGGCAGAAUUUUGGUUGUAGUUCC